AUGAAACUUCAUCCAUUACUUUUCGAACCAGAGAUCCUCUCAUUUUUAUUCCUUUCAAUAAACUUCUUCGGUUCGAUCAUCGUUUGUUUCAUUCUACGAACAUGGCCAUUAUCCAUUUUUUUCACAUGUUUGUAUAUCCUUCUAAUGUUUUUCGUUAAUCAUGGCUUAACUUGCGGUCGGCAUUAUUUACCAAUAAAGAAAAUUCCCAAUCAAACAGUGAUUAUCACAGGUGCCACGUCAGGCAUUGGUCGUGUAUGCGCGCGGCGACUAGCGCAGCUUGGUGCGAAAGUUAUCAUUGGAAUUCGCGGGCAAGAACGAGCGGAAAAAGUUGCGGAAGAAAUAUCAAAAGAGUCCCUUGGUGGAACAGUCAUUGGUUAUGAUCUCGAUUUAUCCAGUUUAGAGAAUGUAAAAAAUUUCGCGGAGAGAAUCGAUUCCGUUGAUAUUUUAAUCAAUAAUGCUGGUAGUCUUUAUGAAACGUAUUCAGUUACGAUCGAUGGAAUUGAAAAACAAUUCGCUACGAACUGCGUUGGACACUUUUAUUUAACUCAACUAUUGUUACCUCGAUUGAAGCAUGGUCGUGUUGUGAAUGUUAGUAGUAUUGCUCAUCAUCUCGUUCGACCAGCAGACCUCGACUAUUCCUUGAGACAAUUCAAAGAUAAGUAUCACGGAUCAAGAGUUUAUGCCCUAUCGAAGUUAGCACAAAUCUAUCAUGCCAGUGAAUUAACACGUCGGUAUGGUGUGAAAGCGUAUUCGCUACAUCCUGGGACGAUUAUUAGUACAAAUUUACAACGAAAUCGGCCGUUUUUUCGUCGAGUGGCUUUUCAAAUUCUAUCGAUGAUAGGUAAAACUGUUGAACAAGGAUCAAUGACAACACUUUUCUGUGCGCUGUCUGAUGAUGCAAAGCCCGGCUGCUAUCAUUCUGAUUGUCAAGUGCGAAGAAGCAGUCAGUUAGCAAUGGAUACCCGUCGUGCAGAACAAUGUUGGAACGAAACUGAGAGAUUAAUUAAAGAAAAAGCUAAAUGA